GCUCGCUCAAAAGGAGGAGAAAGAGAAAAAAAGAAGAAGCGAAAGAUCGGAGCCAUCCUUUUUCUCUGUUCCUCUUUGCUUUCUCUCCCCGAGUCUCUGGUGCUUCAGUUUUUUUGGUGCUGCCAUGGAGAAGGCCGUGGUCAUCGCUGCCCUCGUGACCUUGGCUUCCGUGGGGUUUUCCUCAGGAGCGGUCUAUACCGUCGGAGAUAAAGCUGGGUGGACCAUCAUAGGCAACGUGAACUACACCGCCUGGGCUUCUACCAAGAAUUUCCAUGUCGGAGAUAUCAUCCUGUUUGUGUACAACAAAAACUUCCACAACGUGAUGGAGGUGAACAAGGAAGACUUCAAGGCGUGCAACGCCGGGUCCCCACUGACCACCCACACCUCGGGCAACGACUCCUUCACCAUCAAGCGCCGGGGCCACCACUUCUUCCUGUGCGGCGUCCCCGGCCACUGUGGCCUCGGCCAGAAGGUCGACAUCCGCGUCCCCAAGCUCGCCUCCUCUGCUGCCCCUUCCGGCGCCCCGGCCACCGCCCCCUCCACCGGAGGCCCCGCCGCCGCCAGCGGAAGCGCCUCAACGCCCACCCUCGCCCCCCGCCCAGCGGCGCCCCCGCCGCCGCCGCUUCCAAGGCUGCAGGCUUUGCUCUGGCCGUGCUUGCCUUUGCUGCCACUUUUGGUGGUGGUGGUCUCAUCAUGCCUCAGUAGAUGCUCGAAGAUAGAUUUCCUACUUGUUUCUUUCAAAUUUCUUCUUGGACACCGAGACCGGCUUUGUGGUUAUUUUUAGUUUUGUGGUUAAUUUUUAGUGGUUUGAAGGGUGAGAAGAGGAUGGGAACAAUUUCUGUUGGUUUGGUUAUGUGAUUUUGGAUAUUAUCACACAUAAAUGAGAACAUAUCGUCCAUGACUUAUUUUAGAAUUA